CCUCCCUCCAUCGUUGUUCCGGGAUACCUGCAACCAAGAAAAGAUUUAGCCAUGGAUCUUGUGCUGAAUGUCGCUGACUACUACUUCUUCACGCCGUACGUGUACCCAGCGUCGUGGCCUGAAGACGGAGCCCUGCGGCAGAUUAUCAGCCUGCUGGUAGUGACGAACCUCGGAGCUGCAGUCCUGUACCUGGGCCUGGGAGCCAUCAGCUACUACUUCAUCUUCGACCACAAUCUGAUGAAACACCCACACUUCUUGGAGAAUCAGGUAUGGCGAGAAAUCAAAUAUGCAAUGACCUCUCUGCCCUGGAUCAGCAUUCCCACUGUGGCCUUGUUUUUCGCUGAAGUCAGAGGAUACAGCAAACUCUACGAUAAUGUCGCAGAUUCGCCCCUCGGUUGGUCCGGCCUUUUCCUGAGUAUGAUUUCAUUCCUGUUCUUUACUGACAUGUGCAUCUACUGGAUUCACCGCUUCUUACACCAUAAGCUUAUUUACAAGCUGUUUCACAAACCACACCACAUAUGGAAGAUCCCCACUCCCUUUGCCAGUCACGCUUUUCAUCCAGUGGACGGCUUCCUGCAAGGAAUGCCCUACCACAUCUACCCGUUCCUCUUCCCCCUCCACAAGGUGCUCUACUUGGCUCUUUACGUUUUCGUUAACAUCUGGACCAUCUCCAUCCACGACGGCGACUAUCGUGUCCCCGGAGCCCUGACGAGCGUCAUCAAUGGCUCAGCUCACCACACUGACCACCACCUCUUCUUCGACUACAACUACGGUCAAUAUUUCACUCUGUGGGACCGCCUGGGAGGCUCCUACAGGCACCCAUCAGCUCUGAUGGGGAAAGGUCCCCAUGAUCUGAUCAGAAAACUUCAAGCAGAGGGAAAGUUGGGAAAUGACGAAGCGAAGCCUAACGGGCAAGUGAAUGGACGGGCUCAGAGGGGAGUUACCUGUAAGGAGGAGUAACAGUACAUGGGUUAUGAAUAAUUUCAGAAAGUGAUCUCUAUUUUUGUAAAGACAAUUUGCUAAAGCCCAGUGUAUUGGAGAGUAAUUGGAGUUCAUGUAUGUGCCAAAUAAGCCUUUGUAAGAAUUGAGUUCUUGUGGAGCAAUGAGUGAAUGUGAAACGGCUGCCCCUGGUAGGACUGCACACACAUACCAAUCACAAACUACCGACUAACAUCUGGAGAUGGGGUGUUGUUUUGUAGUGUAACUGAUUUUUGCAAACCGCUGAACUGCGCAGCAAAGAGACUUGAGGAUCAUCAGAAAGCUGGAGCUACUGGAGCUGCUUCAGUCACAAACCAGAUCUGAGGCUGGUUUCACAGGGCUCUACUAUAACCAGAAGUUUUUAUUUGACAGGUUAUAAAUCAGAGUAACCCAAAAGUUGAAACACUGGCUAAUCAGCCAUGCCUACUUUGCACUUCCAGUUUUUUAUUUUUUUUUAAGAGCCAUAAGAAAUGUAACAGAAGAGCAGCAGAAGCCUCAUUAACUUUAAUUUUUCAGAAGUCGUGUCUUCUGUUGCAAUUUAAUUAAAAUAUUGAGAAGAUGGCAAUUAUAACUAACAGUUAGAAAUUAUGUUGCCAACAGAAACAUUUAAAAAAUCUUAGAAAAUGUGUUUUAUAGAUAUAUACUGGGCAGUUUCUUCUCAGCAGGGAAUAAAGUUUGUGGGAUAAAUAUGGGUGCCACAUGUGGUUCAUUUAUUCUUAAGCCCUCACGUGGAUCUUAAACAACCUACAUUUAUAAAUCCAUCCCCCUCAAAGCACUGAUGUGGUGUGAUGCAUACAACUCUAUAUUCUUGGUUCUUUCUUUUCGAGCUCUGCAGGAUUUUUUUCAUGUACACUGAUUCUGGUUAUAAAGACAAGAGAAUAGUUGAACGUGAUCAUUUAAUACAUGUUUUGCAUUUUAAUACUAUAGUUGUAGCAUGCAACAUAGAACUGCAAUAAAUGUAUGCACCGAAAGAUCACACAGCUCAUGUCACUCUUUGCUGAGAUUACAUUAGCAUCAUUGUCAGUGUGUUGAUGGAUAUAGAGUAGAAAUGCUUUGUGGAUUUUUUUGAAAUAUUAAUACAACAAUAAAUUUAAAAUAUAUUUUGGGCAAAUAUUUUUCAGUGUCUUUUUAUUUUAUUUUAAGAGCUUGUGUUUUAUGGAAGCUUGUUUCCACUUCCAAAAACAACUUCUUUUUUUGCUUGGGAUUAAUAUCUCAAAAUUUCAACUAAAUAACUCAACUGACUCAUGGGUGUCAAAUGUUUUCCUUAUUGGUGGACUCCUCAGACUUCCGUAGUUGUUGGACUUGCAGUUGUAGUUUAAAACAAUGGUUUCAUCAAACACUUUGACCUAAAGGCAAGCUGACUACCUAAGACGCAGUCUUCAGUGCCCUUGAAGUUUGACCUGCUGAGCUUUUGGGUCAUUCGUCCAUCUUCAGGUAGUCGAGGCAGCGUUACUGACGAGAGCUAUGAAAAAUGCUAGUUAGUGGUUGUAUAGCUAGGACUGUUGUGCAGUGAAAACAAAAGUGAAUUUCAGUAUAUUAUAAUUUAUUUUUAAUAUAUCUACUUGUUUUCUAGUGAGGUGCUAAUAUUUUAAUAUUUCUUACAAACUACACUUUGUCUAGAAUUCCACUGGAAAAAUAACUCGUAUAUAAAACCAACUUCCUGCUUUGCAAACGUUCAUAAGUGGUGAUGUAAAACUCUACAACCUUGGUGCUGUUGCAGUUCAUUUUACAAUGUGUAGUGUUAAUGAUGUGAAGGGGCACAUUUAAACCAAGAGCUUUGUGCAUAAAUCUAAACAAGUAGUUUUUGGUGCUUAAACUUAACCAGCAAGUAAAAGAAAAACUUACAAAAGACGAGUGAGAACAAAGUGCACAAAGCUCCCAAAAACCACAUUCUCGUAUGUACGCUUUAAAACCGUAAUGUUUGUUCUUCUAAUACUGUGGCAGCUAGUAUUUUUAAAACACAGACGACACAGGGGAGCAGCAUCUGACAGUGUUUUACACGUUUAAGAUGACAACGCAGGUUUUAUAUGCUCAUAAUAAAAAAACAGAAGAACCACUGAAGCAGCUUUUUUAUCAGAGCAAGUAUGAUGGGAAAGCCUGUUCUACACAUGCUCGUUAGAUGUCCAACUCCCUUGUUUUGGUGACAGGCAGGCUUUGCUC